AGAGCUAGGUAGGUUGGUAGGUGGAUAGGCCGACAAAUGGCACUUAUCUCUGGAAAUUGAGCCUUGAUGGAUGCUUGCAUGCUUCCUCGCUCGCCUUGGUUUGAUCCAGUUCGCAACAGGAAUGAUGAGAUCAUCAGGAACAGCCAGCCAGCCACACGAGCAAGUUCCAGAACUAACCAAGCGAGCGAAGCGUGUGAGUCAAAGUUGGAUGAUGUUGCCCAGCGAAUUGAUGGGUUCAAGGAGGCCCUUCGCAGAAGGGCGACUGUGGAACAAGAGCACGGAGAUUUAGCCUUGCAGAUCAAGCAGCAGCGUGCCGAAGUUCGUCACAGGGAACGAGAGCUUGCAAUGGAGUUGGCCAGGGUCGACAACGACUUGGCAAGUUUCAAGGCCAAACUUGCCAGCCUCAAGAGCCAGCAGUCCGCUGAAUCUUUGGCGGUGCUGCAGAGAGCUUCCACUCCCCUGGCGGUGGAGAUGCAGUGGGCGACGAGACACUCAGAUUCGGCAGGUGCUCACAGAAUAGUGAGCCCUGUGACAGUGUCGCCUCUACCUGAGUUGUUACAUCCCAAGCCUUCAGAAGUGAUUGCAGCCAAGCUGCAAAUCGGCUGCCUCGCACGCGGGGCGUUGCGCCUGGGGAGCUCGCGAUCCAGGACAACAUCACCUACCAGUUGGGCGCUGCUACAUCCUUGCUGGCUCCUUCGGCACCUUCCUGGUUGGUCUGCUCACCACUGGCUUUUGGGCUUCGUGGUGGACUACCUGGACUUCGCCGACAACACCUUGGCCUUCCCUGUGUACCUCCUGACCGUCCACUUUGCCUUUGACUUGGCUGGCUUGGUCUCUGUGUACCUCCUGGGGAUCCUCUCUGACAAGGGCGACGGCACGAUGACCAGCCCACCUACGACGGGAUCCAUCCCUCUUCAGGAGUUCAGGAGAGACAUCCCUCCAGGGUGGACUCCAGGGGACUCCGCCUACCCAUUGCGCCUCUACUUCGACAAGUUGAAGCUCUGGUACCGCAUCUGCAAUCUGGAUGACGAGAUCAUUGGGCCUCUCAUUGCAGGCAGACUUUACGGCCGCGCUGCAAAGAUAGCCCUGAACCUACGGGUACCUCGACCAGACGGUGGCUUCGACACCGGCGAUGCUGCUCUCGCUCGCUUGAGCGUUGACGAGGUCAGAGAUCCUCAGAGCGGCAACAUCAUUCAGAGCCACAUCCCAUCAGGUGUCCAGUACCUGACCGCGGCAUUGAAGGCCGCAUUCGGUCAACAGGACCAAGACUUGGCGACUCAGGCUUUGGAGAAGUUCUUCAACAUCUCCAGGAACAAGAUGACCUUGGCCGAGUACAGCGUCGAGUUCGAGUCCAGACUGGAUGAGGCGAGCGAUCGCGCUGGCCUUCAGUUGAACGAGGUCGGAAGAUUCUUCCUCUUCUUCAAGCACAGCGGCUUGAGUGCAAAGACCGUGGACGACAUCAAGCUGCAGAUUGGGGGCGACUACACGCGCUUUCAAGAAGCUCGUGCACUGGCCUUGAGACUGAGCCCCAAUCGCAAUGAUGACACCACGGAGAUCUUCUAUGGCGACAACAACGAGGAGGAGAACUACGACCUGGACUAUUGGUACGGCGACCACGAUGAUGAUGAUGGCUGGUGGCAGUACUAUGAUGCUGACGAUGGCUGGUACGACUAUGAUGGCUCAGCUGGCAUCUGGUACGACUGCUACGAGGAUGACCAAUGGUAUGAGGACUAUGGGGAAGCCUCCAACGAAGAGGUGCCACAGAUGCCUGCCACCGACAAGAACGAGGAGAAGAACGAAGAUGAUGCAGCCUACUACAAGGGCAAAGGCAAGGACAAUGACGGCAAGAACAACUACCAGAAGGGAAAAGGCUACAAGGGCAAAGGCAAAGGAAAGAGCUAUGGCGGCAAGUCGAAAGGCUCCUGGGGCUGGCGUCCAUACUACAAAGGAAAAGGCAAGAAGGGCAAGAGCUUGAAGGGCAAGGGCUAUGGAAAGCGAUCAUGGUAUGCUUCCUCAUCGAGUGCAACUGCCUCCACCAACUUCAACGGCUAUGGAGAGACCUACAAGAAGGACACUUCAAAAGGGCUUGACAUUGGUGCAGGAGUUCCCAACUCAAACACCUCACUUCCAAAGCCUGGCAACUCUCCAAAGGAGUACAGCAUCCAUGGGCUUUCAGAGGACGAGGAGAUCAUCAAGCUUGAACGUGUGGAGCGCACCAGAUCGAGCUCUACCAGUGAUGAGUUGGCGGAGGACGACAAGAAGGAGAAGAAGGACAAGAAGCAUGCCACUGCUUUCUCCUUUGUCUCGUGCUUCUACGACACCCACGAGUACUUUGUGGUUCGUGGCCAGAAGAGACAGGGAUUGAUUGUGGAUCCUGGAGCUGCCUCCGGACUUAUAGGGUCUGAAACCCUCAGGGAGCUUCUCAACAACUGCGUGGAGCCCUACGGCCUUGCAGAUCAGGUGGAGAUCAAGAAGGACAAGACUUCGCCAGUCAGUGGAAUUUCUGGCAUGUCUGACAGGACUUUGGGCCAGGUGACAAGUCCACUGGUCACGAAUGGCCAAAGCAUUUCCUUCACAGGAGAAGUUCUUGGAGGUGAAGGCAGCCUGUGCCCUGCUCUCAUUGGCAACCCUUCGCUGCGACGCAUGAGCAGUGUCAUCUUUUGCAACUACUUUGAAGAUGGUGAUGGAUUGCUCACCGUCGACAUGGAUGCCGACAACCACAACGACCAGGAGAUUUCCAAGGUCAAGCUCUUCCGGCUUUUGCUGACGGAGUCAGGCCACUACCUGUUGCCGACAGAUGAGCCGACCAAGCACAAGUUGCGCGAUGGCAUCAAGCAGGAUGUGACGGCGUUCUUCAACAAGGAAAAGAACGGCGCCAAGCACAGCAAAUAUGAACAUGUUUCACACCAAGGCAUUUUGCCUGGCGCGGAUGCGCCCAGUGCUCAGUUGGAGCACCACGUACAGAACGACAAGGAGCUGACUAAGCCCUGCGACACUUUUGAGAAGGGAUUUCAACAGUUUCACUCCGAGGAUGACUUUCCGCAGUACAAGGAGGACAUACUGCCGAAUGACAUGGACCAGGCAAAGCUCCGAAAGCGCUAUCGCGCCAUCCCAGAGGAGUACUACUCCAAAUCAGGUUUGAGGCCAAUCACACCCAACAACUUCCAGAAAUGGUUUUCUCGAGCCAAAGGACGUGGUCUCAAAUGGCACUUCUGGGAAGUUUGCAGCGGCAGUGGAAGACUAUCCCUCACCUUGCUCCUGGCCGGCCUGGUGAUUGGAUUUCCGGUGGAUGCACGAUAUGGUUGGAACCUUCGCAACAGCGACCACCAACACAUGCUUGACAUGGCACGUCAAGAAUUCCAACCUGGUGUCAUCCAUCACUCUCCAGAUUGUGGACCAUGGUCAGUCUCUGCCAACACCAAGGACCCCGAGACCAAGCAUUGUGAGCGACUUCAAGAACAACCAUCCAUUGCUUGGGUCCAACAAUCAUGUGAAGAUCAAAGUCGUCAUGAUCGCGGCUACUUGGUGGAGCAGCCAUGGGGAUCAGCUAUGUGGAGAGAUGACAAUGAGUCACCACUGCGACUUGACAAGAUCCCAGAAAACAGAGCGAAGCAGAGAUGUGACCAAUGCAUGCACGACCUCAGAGAUGAGAAGGACAUGUUCAUCCAGAAGGCCACAGGCUUUGGUGCCAACUUCAAGCUGGUCAAGACGGCACUGCGAUGCUCUGGACAUCGUGGGAAGACCCACUCACAUCUUCAAGGACAAGCACCUAAUGGGCUCUCCCGAACAGCGAUGGCAGCCGUCUAUCCAAAGACCAUGUGCCAACGGGUGAAACAGGACAUCAUCAACUUCCUUCAGAAGAAGAACCUUCUCAAGAUCAAGCUCUGGCCACAGGACCUGUGCUGGUUCACAUCUCCAAGCUUCUAUGAAUGUGUGCGGUGCACACUUGGGCGAGCAUGCCCCAAGGACAUUGAACACUCAAUGAUUCCUGGACAAUGUCGACAUGGCAAGUAUGCAGCGGGCACCAAUCCACGACUUCAGAAGCUUGAGGACAAGGACCCCAUGAAACGAUGGAAGGACAGUGCCAACAAGGAGUCCUACGAGCAAGUCAUUGUGGACAACAACACUGGCCAAGAACUCACUGUCUCAGCAUCCCACUACAUCAAAAGACUACUGAUGGAGACAGUGCACAAUGCCCUUGGACUCUUUGGUGAAGCUGCACAACGACAAGUCGACUACUCCCACUGGAUUGAGAACGCGGUGACGAUGGCACUCUACAAGGAGAUCUUCCAGGAGCACAUGCAGGUGAAGGCCGUUAAGGUGGAACUACGGCCGUUCAACAAGACUCCAUCAAAUCCAAGAGUGGCAUCAUCAACCGCCUACUUGAGAAUCCACAUCACGGGCCAUGUGAAGCACUGGACCAUCCAACCCGUCGAAGACAUGCGGGAGAUGAGUGUCAACCAGAUCAACGAAGCCAUUGACGAGGAGAACUGGAUGGUGACGAUCUAUGGACAAGAAGUUGGAGCAGAGAAACCUGAAGACUCUGGAGUUCCAGCCAUUGAGGAUGUGAUCUACGAGGAAGAGGAGUUUGCGGUUCAGGACAGAAAGGAGUUAGCUCCUAUCAAGCCCAACUACAACUUGAGACGAGUUCUGGAGCGUCUUCCAAAGCUGGUGGAAAACGGCGACAUCACCAAGGCAAAGCAGCUACUUCUUGGACUACAUGAACGUCUCUGGCACACGCCAAUAGCUGACUUUGAAAGCCUGCUGCGCCGUGCUGGCCAACCCACUGAGGUGAUCAACUUGGCCAGAGAAUCGGUGCUGUCUUGCCCGAUAUGUCGGAAGUACAUCCGACUGCCAAACCGACCACAGCUGCGCUCCAGAUGCAUCACCCACUUCAAUGUCGUCAUCCAGAUUGACCUCUUCAAGUUCGACGACCUUUGGCACAUGAUCAUGGUUGACGAAGCAACACGCUUCAAGCUCUGUGAUGUUAUAGAAGGACAAGAUGCUGAACAUCUUCUCAACUGCCUUCUACGAAACUGGAUCCACAUGUUUGGCCCACCUGGAAAAGUGACCAUGGAUCAGCAGAUGAGCCUGAUGUCACACGAGACAGGUGCAGAGUUUGAGCGCCUUGGCAUGGAAAGAUGCCCAAAAGGCACCACAGCUGGACAAGGUGCAGAGCAGCACACAGGCACUGGAUUGGUCGAGAGGCACAUCCAACUGCUCAAGCUGUCCAUGUACAAGCUGAAGGCAGAGCUCAGCCGACAAGGACUAGUUCAUGAACCACAAGAUCUCUGCCGAGAAUGCGCUAUGGCGCACAACAUCACCUUGAACUACAAGGGUGUGACACCCAGCAUGGCCGUCUACGGCAUCCUUCCUCGUGGCUUCUACGAGAUCGACAGUGCUGGCAUUUUGACUUCAUCUGGCUCAACAGAGACGGACGUGACGCCCUUUGAGAAGGCCAUCCGCAUCCGCCAGACAGCACUUGCUCAGACUCAACAAGCCAUCAUUGAGGACAGAGUUGCCCGAGCAAGCAGAACGAGACCACACCAGUUGGCUUUGGACGAGCUAAUACCUGGCACCUCCGAGAUUGAGUUUUGUCGUGAAGUUCAAGGAGAUCCAGGUUGGCGUGGUCCGGCAUUGCUCUUGAGGCUAGAUGCUGAUGAAGGCACUGCGGUGAUCCAGUACCAGGGCAAGCCAUACUUGGUGGCACUUCGGCACAUACGCCCCUACCGUGGAAUCUUCCACGUUGCCUUUCCAAGCGAGGACACCCAGACAGCACUGAACAGGCUGAUGCGCUAUGUCGAGAGCCUGGUGGACUACAAGAUCUACACCUAUGGAUGGCUCCAACGACGUAAUGGCGCAUGGGUGAAGUUGCCCAAGGAUGACUACCACAUCAAGCAGGUGAUGGCAUGGGCAACUACAGUUUCAACAUCGAUGAGAAAGGCAACACUCCACGGCAUCAUGAUGGGCAAGUCUCUCAAGACCUUCAAGCCUCCUCACAACACCACUGGAACGUUGGUUGUUUGGCUUCGAGGCGGUGCCAAUUUCUCCAUCCAAGAGUGCCACAAUGCGAACCAUCUCAAAGCAAAGAAGUUCAGCACCUAUGCCAAGGAGGAGAUCUGCAUUAUCUACUUCUACUACUACAACCCCAUCAUUGAAGGCGAGAACGCCAUUGAAGAGAAGCAGAAGCAGCCUCCCUCAACGAAGCUGAAUGACGAUGGUCAACAGCCAGCGGCCUCUAUGGAUGUGGACAAGGAGAACAAGAAAAGAGAAGGACCAGACUCCAGAACGGUGGUGAUAGCACCGGAAAGAAAGAAGCAGAAAACAUGCCUUGUGAGAGGAGCUGGAGUUUCUGAGUACGGCUAUGACAUCAUGACGGUGACCACAAGGAACUUCCUCCUUCACCACUACGAACGUGAACGAGCUCAACUACCAGUGCUGUUCAACAUCCAGUACAAGAAGCACCACACUGCCAGCGCAUGCCUGCGCACAGCCAAGAUCUUCAAGGUGGACGAAGAAACCCAGAACAUCAAUGAGGAGGACAUCACUCCAGACAUCUGGAAGAAGGUCGACGCUGCCGACCGUGAUGAGCUCAAGCAGUUCAUUGAUGAAAAGGCCUUUAAGAAGAUCCACCGGUCACAAAUCACCUCUGACAUGGUGACCAUCGAUGCACGAUGGGUCCGAAAGUGGAAGAGAAACCCUGAUCGCACCUACAAGAUCAAAUCGAGACUUUGUGCGAGGGGCUUCCUGGACAGCCAGAAGGACCAGCUGACCACAAGAUCCACCACGGCAACAAGGUUGAGUCAACGCAUGCUUGUCAACCAAGCCGCAUGCGUGCCAGAACGCACUUUGGAGUCUCUGGACGUGGCAGGUGCUUUUCUCAAGGGCUUUACCUUUCAGGAGAUCCAGAAGGCAUUGAAAGAACUUGGCAUUCAUGCCCCAACAAGGGUUGUUGUGGUGUUCCCAGCAAUGAAUGUGUUCCGACACCUUGCAGAGCUCAGCCCCGACUUUGCCAUUGCAGAAGGACAAGAACACAACUAUGGGCUGAUCUGCGUGAAACCGGUAUACGGCCUCAACGAUGCUCCAUUGGCCUGGCAACUUUGCCUGCACCAGUUUGUCAAGAGUACUGGUGGGGAGCGAUCUCAACUUGAUGAGAACUGGUUUUCAUGGAAAGAAGAUGGACGUUUGGUUGCUGCUGCAACGACGCACGUCGAUGACAUCGCCCUCACUGCUCCCAUCAAGUGGAUGACAAACAUGUACAACGCCUUUGUCAAGCGUUUUGGGCGUGUGACCCGCCAACAGCUGCCAUUCACCCACUGCGGCUGUGAGUACACCAAGGUGAAGAACGGCUACAAGAUCAGUCAGCAAGAAUUUGCCGAGAAGCUGAAGCCGGCUCCAAUUCCCAAACGAGGAGAUGAAGAAAGACUCACCAAGGAGGAGACAUCAGACCUACGGUCGAUUCUUGGAGCUCUUCUAUGGCUUUCAGCAACGCGGCUGGACAUCAUUGCUGAUCUGUCCGUACUUCAAAGCCGUCUCACGGUGGCUGAAGUCAAGGACCUCAAGCAGGCGAACCAGAUCUUGGACAAGGUCAAUGAGUUCAAGGAGACAGGCCUCUACUACUGUCACUUCAAGGGGCAACAUCAGCGACUGAUGUGCAUUCAUGAUGCAUCCUCGGCCAGCAAAGGCCGACAUUAUGCCCAAGAAGGAGUUCUGAUUGGUCUGUCGGAUGAUGCUUUCCGCGACAAGACCAUGAACCACGAGACUGUCUUCGAUGACUACAACGUCAAGGAGCACAACGGCAUCUUCCACGUGCUACAUGCAUCUGGUGGCAAAGCCAAAAGGGUGAGCUACUCAACGAGUCAUGCCGAGACUCUGUCAAUGGUUGGAGGUCUUGAAGCCUCGACCCUCAUCAUGAUCAGGCUCUCCGAGAUCUACCACGUGGACAGGAGCCCGAGCCUGAAGCAGCUGAUUUCCAUCCAGGAGAGUGGCAACCCUGACCUGCCGAUCGACUUCUACGGCGACUGCAAAGACCUAUGGGAACUGGUGACAGGAUUGAGAACCUUGCCACAAGACAAGGGACAACGCCUUUAUGUGCUCGGCAUCAAGGAGGCCAGACUGAAUGGCAAGAUGCGGCAGAUCGUGCUGGUUCCAACGGAAUGCAUGACCAGUGAUGCACUGACCAAACCACUGGUGCACAAGAACUUGCUGGAGGUGAUGACAGCCGGCGUGGUGAGCUUUCACAAUGUGGACAACCAUCCGGUCACUGCACGGAUUUUGCCAACACUGCAGGAGUACUCCGAGCACGACAUCAUCAAGACCGACGACGAGAUCCUGGAGGAUGUGAAGAAGAACCCAGACAACGUCCGCAUUGGACAUGCGAGCAUUUUGCUGGGCAUGGUGGCGACUGGAAGCUUCACUAUGAAGACGCUACUGGCUUCGACGAUGAUGAGCGCUGCGGCGGCCUAUGACAUUGAGUAUGACGAGACCGAGGGGCGCUACAUCCAGAACAACGAGAAGGUUCAGGACAAGAGCUAUGCUGGUGUCUACAUCAUGAUCUUUGUCACCGUGCUCAUCGCGAUCAACCUGGACAAGAUGAUCAGCUACAUCACCAGGAAGGCGAAGGAAACCCACAACAAGAAGUUCGUGGUGAAGUCAGAACCAGAAGAUGAAGAUCAGCCGAUGGAUGUGGAUGAUCCGUCAACUUUGAUGGAGGUCGACGAGGACGACUUGGCACAACACUACCGAGUUCUUCGUAAACGAGUUCGCAAGCUGGAGAUCGAGAAUGACGAGCUCCAGGUGACAGCCAGAAUCAAGCAAGACGCUGCAGAUGGCUUCAAGGAACAGUACGAGGAGAAGUUCACCGAGGCAAAGAGCUGGGAAGACUACUCAGAGAAGGUCUGCCAAGACUUGGCACGCUUCAAGAGAGACCUGGAAGACACCAGACAUGAUCGCGACAACUACGCGAGUCGGCUGGAUGAGAUGCUCGACCAGAGACAGCAGUUUCUCUCCGAGCGCAACGAGUACCAUGAAAGGUAUGAGGAGUUGCGCGAGAAGCACGACAAGCUGAUGGAAGAUUUCCAGACCCAGAAGACUGUGGUGGCUUCAUCUGCGAGGCACAUGGCCUUUCUGCAGGACAAGGCUAAGGAGACAGAGGAGCGUGAAAAGCGACAGCGCGACUCACAAGCGCUGUUCCAGCAGCAUGAGGAGGUGGACGACCCUCAAGAGGAAGCUGGCGAAGGCUGA